UCAGGGUCAGUACCUGGCGGGAUACGCUAGUUACCUGAAACUGAAUAUUGGAUCAAUACCAACUGUCCGGGAUGCAUCAGGAGACCCUGAAGCUGGCUGUUCUAGACAACCUACAAGGCCAGAUGUUGCCUGCCAAACAGACCCAGUAGAGCAACGUUCUGUGCACACACAGUUGUCCUGGAGGACUUUCCAUCCAUUCGUCAGGAGUAAAGGUGUACAGGCUACUGUGUCCUGCAAGGACUUUCGUGGUGGCACAGACCCUGUUCUGUAUGAUGAACCCCUGCCGCUUUUCACAUCCACCCCAGCAAAGAGGCCAGCAAAGAGACCUCGCCUGGAACUGGAGGAGGAGGAUGAGGAAGACGCAUUGGAGGGCAGCUCUUCCUUUUUAGCUCCACAAGGGCUGGAUGCUACGUACGACCCUGAGGAGUCGGUCACACAUGUGACAGCCUCAACAGACACCUCUGGUCAAGCACCCACUGCCACCCACAAUGUCAACACAUACAUAGUGUACGAGUCCUGCAUUAUGGACCUCUUCCGGGACUGUCCUGUGUGCCAUUGUGUGUGUGACAUAAAGACCCGAAGGAUUGGUACAUUCCUUUCAGUGGAUCAGCUGUGCCCCCACUGUCAGUACACAAGACAUUGGGAUAGCCAGCCUAUUGUAGGAAGUACUCCAGCCGGGAACCUCCAGCUCUCCACUGCAGUGUAUGUCAGUGGAGCAUCAUUCUUCAAACUUCAAAGGGUCUUCAACGCAAUGAAACUGCAGGUUUUCAAAUAUGACACCUUCCGAAGGCAUGCCAGAAUGUUCAUCGAGCCAGCUAUUGUGAACAAGUGGAAUACAUCGCAGGAAGAGAUGCUAAAGCGACUCAGUGAGGACGAUAAAGUAAUUGUUGGUGGUGACAUGAGGGCAGACUCCCCAGGCCACUGUGCAAAGUUUGGCAGCUACACAAUGAUGGACCUCAAGACCAACACUGUUGUUGAUAUUCAGUUGGUUCAGAGCAACGAAGUGGGUGGAAGUUACCACAUGGAGAAAGAGGGUCUGAAGAGGAGUCUGGCGUUGUUGGACAAACAUGGUGUGACUCUAGAUUGCAUCGUCACCGACCGUCAUCCACAAAUUCAAAAAAUAUCUAAGGGAGUGCAACAUCACCCAGUUCUAUGAUGUCUGGCACAUAGAGAAAGGAAUUUCUAAGAAACUGGAUCCAGUUGCAAAAUCAAAGGAAGGUGAAAAACUGCAGAAGUGGAUUAAGAGCAUAAAAAAUCACAUCUACUGGACUGCAGCAACAUCCUCAACAGGCCCUGAGAGAGUGGCCAAAUGGACCUCCAUCCUGAACCAUGUGCAGGAUAUCCACACACAUGAGGACCCCAAUUACCCCCAGUGCACUCAUCCACUGCGCAAAACCAGGGACCCGAGGAAAUGGCUUGCAGCUGGAACUCCUGCCUUCUAUAAGCUGGAGAAAGUGCUCACUAACAAGAGGAUUCUGAAGGAUGUGGAAAAACUGAGCCCCCACCACCAGACUUCAUCUUUGGAGGCUUUCCAUAGCGUGAUCCUCCGUUUUGCUCCAAAGAAUGUUGUCUUUCCAUUUCUUGGAAUGCUGUGCAGACUUUACCUGGCGUGCCUGUAUUUCAACGAAAAUGCAAACCGGGCACAAGCAAGAUCAUCAGCUGGAGACCCACUAUUCAGACUGCAGUUCCCAAAGGCCAGGAAGGGAGAAUGCAGAGCAAAAGUUGUAAAGACUGACCCGACAUUCCUAUGUGGAUGACCUGAUGGACCUGGUCUUUGAAAAAGUCUUUGUGGACCCGGCACCAUACACGGAGGAGAUAAUGAAGAUCAGCAUCCCAGAGGACCUGUGUGCAAAUUAUGAGCGGCCAGACAAAGAGUCCGUCAUAAACAACUUUGUGUCCAGGUUCAAUGCAGCGGCGGUCUGAAACCCUCGUAGCGGGCCAGGGCGUCAGGAAACUCCCUGCGGAUCCGCAGUACCACACAGGCCGGAAUUACAACGCGGAUCCUGCGCCCAAGAAAGCCCCAGCACCAGCUCACAAAGCUCCUGUAUGCCAGAUACCUGUAUUGGCUGUAAGAUUGGACAAUAUACAUGUAUUUAGUAAA